CAGGUGUGAACUACUUGUUUUCCAGAUAAGGAUGCAUUAAAGUGAACAUAAUCACCAAAUAAUUAAAGAACAUUUUAGAAGGAGCUACAGCAGGACAGUUUAGUCCCAUACUUGAGGUCUGGAAGUGACACAGCUCAUAUCACCCCUAUGGCUGCACGUGGCUCUGUACUAGCUUACUCAGUUCAGCCUGUACCCAAGGAGUAUUUUCACCAGCAACCAUUGCAACAGGUGCAACAACAGCAACAGCCACUGCAACAUCAGCUACCACAUCAACAGCAGCAACACCCUCCACCUCCUCCUCCAGAGGGCAAUCGAAAGAGCUUGCAUCACAGGCAGCGUCGCCAGCGGCAACCACAUCAUCAGCAGCAACAGCGUCAUCAGCAGGCCCGUUCGUCAUGUAGCAGUUCCUCACAGGAGGACGAUCAAUCUCAACAGGGCUACGGUGUAAGGAACGGAGGCUAUAGCUCCAACGAGACAUUGCGGAUGAGUGAAGUCCCCGUCUCACCGACAAGUGAAGACGGGAAGGAAUUAUUUCCACAACCAGAGGUACGAGCUAAAGAAGAGAGUUUGUGCCACCCUGCUGUAAGAAUGGAACCUCCCAUUGCUGAACACAUAGCAGAAGAGAGGCCUUAUUAUGAUGGUAGGUAUCAUGAACUUAUGUUUGAAUUUAGUAAUUUUAUCAUUCUUACAGUUCUUAGUUUUCAUUAUGACACAGAGAAAAUGAGAGAGAUAAGGAGAGAGAGAGAGGAAGAGAGAUGAAGGAAGGUUAUGUGCAGGUAGCAAGGGUGUUAUGGUAGGUCGAGAGAGGGAGGAGAGACAGAACAAAAGGAAAUGAUACAGGUAAAGAAGAUAGAUUAACUUAAUUAGAUGGGGUAAACAUAAUCAAUAUUUAAAUUCUACUUUGAAAUUAAAGAAAUAAAGAAUUCAAAGGGUAUUUUAAACGAAGGCUUUGAAAAGGCUUGAAUACUGCGUAAUAUCAAACACAAUGAUGGUAUAAGGAAUGCCACCAAGAUAGGGCAUACAGCUGAUUAAAAAAUGAGGGACUAUUUAAAAUCAAUUAAAGAAAUUCCAAUUUCUAAAAAUAUAUUAUCUUAUCACUUUGUUGACAAAGUAAGGAUGAAUCAUACUAUCAAAUAUUCUUAAUGUGUGAAUCAAGACAUCAAAUCCGGUUGAAAUAUGAAGCUGAUAGGGAGACCAUUACUAAUUGAUUUAGAGAGAACUAUCUUGUAUUUGUGUGGAUUAUUAAUCACCGGAUUGCAAGUUCACUAAUGGAGGAUGACAAGGAUUAAUGAGUUCAAUAAUCAGCAAAUAUUGACCUGGAGUAGGUUGGUUAUCUUGUCUUAACCAAGUAUUGAUCUUCAGUCACGCUUGGUUUAGGCAUUCAAACUCAUUGGCGAGUCUGAUUGUUAAGACUAACUUGCUAGUGUUUGUUGGUCAUCAUUUUCAACUUUACCUACUUAUGAUAAUGUAAAGUAUGAUCAGUUUUGAUUGUCUUUUCUGUAGCAAAGUCUUAGAGAAUGAUCAGAGAGCUGAUCUAUAACCUAUGUGUUGGGAGUAUACCUCUAUUUUUCAAGUAUAUGUUAGUCUUGCAUGCAUGAAAAAAUAUUUCUACAGUGCAAUGUCUGGAAACAAAAGAAUGAUAUGAUGAUACAGAUUGCAAACAAGAAAAAUUGAUCAAUUGCCAGGGUCCAUGCCUAUGCUAAGUGACCACAACCUAGCCUGCAGGCACAGACCCUGAAUGAAACAAGUGGGCUUGUACACAAGACUAGCACAAAAUCAACUUUCUCUUCCAAGUUCUGUACACAAGUCAUUAACAGGGACUGUAGGCUGCAUUUUCAGACCGCUUUCUUCAAAUGAAGAGUUUGCAUAGCAAACUAACCCAAAAAGUUUUAUAAAUAUGCUGAAGUGUUUGAAACAAAGGCUUAAUGUAAUUGAUUAUAUGAGGAGCUUACAAGAUUUUCAAUAGUUUAAGAUUUGUUUAUUUUCUUUAUUCAACAAUGUAUUUUAUAUUCAUGAGUGGUAGUUGGAUAGAAUAGUGAACUGAAUACCAAUUAAAUGUGAUCAAUCAUGAGUUCAAACAAUAUCUCAAAAUAUAUAUUUAAAAAAAGCUGCUCUAGUACUGCAGGAUUAUAUUCUGUACACCUUGUAAAAGUGAUUAUCAGCUGAAAAUUGAUGUUGAGGUGGCAAUAACAUUUUCAUUAUUCCACUAUCGGGCAUCCACAAUCACCAACAAAUAUUAUCAAUGUAAUAUCAUGUUUGAACAAUCAAUGGGUGAUGUGCAUACUGAUGACUUGUAAGAAAUGGAGGGAUGCAAUAAGAGAGCAAAUAAGAAAGGAAAAAUAUCACAGCAUUGAUGAUUCAUUAGCCAGUAGAGGAGACAAAGGGUGUGUUUAAUUAAGAAUAUUGACGCGGAGUAGAGGUUGGUUUGUUCCUCUUGUGAAAUGAUUGCAUCGCAAUGAUUGACAGGUUAAAAACGGUGAUUCUUUCCACCCCAAAAUUAGCCUUUUUUCUUAUUUCAUACCUCCGUCUCUCAGUUGUUAAUUUCUGACUUUCAUUGUGAAUGGAUUCGUAGUUGAGUUAUUUUCUUAUUUAUCAAAACAUCAAUCUAAGUCACAAGCCUUUGCAACUGAAAAUCUUUAAAACCUCAUCUCCUAUUGAGAUGCAAAGGUACUAUCUAACAUAAAAAUAUAAAGAUUUACCUUUUAAAUAAGCCAUUCAUAUUCGCAGUGAUCAUUAGAGUUCAUUAUGAUGGUAGUUUCCUUAAAAAUUUGUUAGAAUAUCAAACCAUAAAUCAUUAAUUUUUUACCAUUACCGGGAAUGAAAAUGUUGCAUAUUCCAAUUUUCUACUAUAAAAUGACAUUUCUUGAUUUCUUAUGUUGAGUAAAGAUAAGAAGUGACAAGUGUUUCAAGUUUAUAUUCUUGUUUUAAGUAAAUGUAUUGUUUCUAUGCUGCUAUGUGAGAUAAAUAAAACCAUCUAGAUCUGUAAAAUUAAGUAUACUACCUAAGGAAUAUGAUUUUAAAUUGUGCUCUAACUAAUGUAAUCUAGAUUUAUGGAAUUACAAUUCACUACUCACAUCAGAAUACCACAUUUUUGUGGGAUUUUGUUUAUGUCUUAUGAAUAUUCAUAGAAUUGGGGGUAUUUCAGGCUCAACUUCCGUGGAAAAAUGAACUCGACAAAUAGGUUUGGACAGAGGGAAAGACCAUGUCCGUGGGUUUGUAAAACAAACAGAAGCGAUCAUUUAUCAGGCGUGAUGAGUUAAUUGAGUCAGACAUCUAAUUAUACAACAGAUAAUUGAUUCCCUUGAAAAGUAGGAUCUUUUGUAUUUAUUCAGUUAGCUAACAGGGUUGUUGUACUAUGUCAAUCAUGUUUGAGACUGGGUGAAAUUAGUGAAACAACAAUCGUCAGCCCAAGUAAAUAUUUUACAGUGGUGUAAAUAGAGAGAAGAGAUUACUUGCUAAUUGUUGUUGGGCAGUUGCGUACCAUGGUAGGCAGAAAAGGGAAUAUUAGAAAAUAUAACAGGAUGUCAACUAGAUGAAUGAGAGACAGAGAGAAGAGAGAGAACAGGAGAUAGAGAAAGUGGGGGAUGAAGAGAGAGAGAGAGAGGGGAGGGGAUGGAGAUUCGGGUUGGAGUGAAGAAGCCCCUUCUGAGUGGAUUUUAGUGGUUAAAUAGAGUAAAAUUUAGAAGAAAGGUGACAGUGAUAUACCUUAAUUAUGAAAGAAAAGGAUAAGGUUUUUUUUUCUCUAAUACAAAAGGAUCUGAAAUAAAGAGAAACCUCACAAUCUUGAUAUGAUGGAACUUAGGAGAGAUUCAAUGAAGAAGAUUGACAAGGGAACGAGGAAUAUGGGAAAAAAAGAAAGAAGGGGAAAUUGUUUGGAAGGGGAGAAAUAGGAGGACAGAAGAUUGUGAGGGAAAGAGAGAAAGAAAGAGAAAAGAGGAGGGGAGAAGAAUGAUCAGAAAUAAGGAAACCUCACAAUGGUCAUGUGUGAAACUUGGAAGAAAUUCAAAGAAGAUUGACAAGGGAAUGGGAAAUAUAGAAAGGAAGAAAAAGGGAGGAAGGGGAAGAAGACGAGGGCAUGGGAGCAUACGGCAGAGAGAAUUAGAGAAAAAGAGAGACGGAUAGAAUGAGCAUGAAUACCAGUCCCAUUGUGGUCUACGGUCAGGAAGUCGGUUGAAAUCUUGAAAGCAUUGAAUAUGGAAUUAUGAUGGCUCUCAUUGACAGAUGGAGGGACUUUGAUAGACAGGUUUGGAUGUUCUAUUCUCAAAGACAGAAUAUGCUGAAGAUCUAUGUUGUUAUAACCAAGAUGUCAUAGUAUAGACAGAGAUGUGAGGUGUAGACUUCUUCAUUACAUGUCUAUUUGCUUGUCUUGAUUAGUGUCUCCAUGGAAUCCACGGAAUUCAAAUGAAAUUAGGAAAAAAAAAACAUGCACAAAGAAAAUGGAAGAGGAAGCUGGAUUCUAUAGAAUAUAUUGAAAUGAUUUAGAAUGAGUUGAGGC